UGCUUUAGGUGUAAAGAGGUAGUUGACUCACGUGUGACAAUUUUUAGUUUAUUGACAAAUACUAAACUAUAAAGAUAUUAUAGAUCGUCUCUAGUAUAAGAAUAUCAAUUUUUGUACAUCAAAGUUAAGUGUAGAUAUAGAAACAAUAAGGACUAAAUAAGUGUUAGUGAAUUAUUCGGGAAAAUAUGCACACUUUCGAACCAUAACCUAUAAUCUGUGUUUGAUUCUGAAUAACUUGAAUAUUACGUAAAUUUAGUGUUUUGGGGUAUUAAAUUAAGUGUUUUUAAUAAGUUAAGAUGAUAUUGACUAUAUUGCCGGUGUCCUAAAACGCGAAUAACAAAAAUUCCGCUUAUUACGUAGGAGCAUAUUGAUUUGUAGGUUAUGGAUGUGGACCUGCUUCGAGAUGGAGAGCAAUUCUCUACUUUCGACUCUUCUAGCUUUCUGGAUCCGUAUCCAGAUGAGGGGACAACUCUGGAUUCGAUCCACAGUUUGACUCCAAACGGUUACGAAUGGACCUUGGAAGGAGAACAAGAGAUAAAUGGAGACAUUGCUCUUAUUCCAGUAUGUGAUAUGAACCUAACUAAUAUUAAUGAUACAGCCCCUAGUAUAGAUGAUUUCCAUAAGAUUAUGAGUGAUUGGCAACAGUUUAUUAACGUUGAUGCCUCUACAGAUUUUGCGAUAGAAGAACCGAUAUUAAAUACAAAAGAUGUACCACAGCCAUGUACAGAAACGGAAGAUCUAUUAAAUACAAGCAAUUUCGACAUCACUGAAUAUUUAAAUGACGUAGACCCCAUUCCCCAAGCUCCCGUAUCAACGAACAGCGCAAAUGUCUCGCCUACAUCUUCCUCAGAAAGUUGUACAAGCAAUACAAACGCGUCAUCCCGAAAAUUCAAAGCGGGAAUGAAAAAAAUGGAUCUACAGGCGCAAAGAUACAUCAUAGAGGAAGACGACGAUGAUGUAGACGUAGAAACGAUAUCAGAGUGCGAGGAAAACACGCCUGUUUUAGAAGCGAAGGAUCUUACGACGCUCUUAGAACAAUUCGAAGCCACGCAAAUACCACAUUUUCCAGAUAAUUUCGUAUCGGAAAGUAUUCCUAGUCAUAUUUUCGAAGAAGAAGAAGAAGAAGCUACGCCUGUAAAUAUUAAACAAGUAGUUAAAAAAGAAGAAGCGUUGGUGGUUAAGCAAGAAGCAAUUGAUGAUGACUACACAUAUGGUUACGGCAGGAGGAAAGGAAGUGAUAAGAAAAACAGAAAGAUAGAUAAAAGGAAAAAAGAUGAUUCUGCAAGCAACCUUAAGGAACAAGCACCAGCGGUUUCGAAGAAAGAACCACAGUUGCCUCUGAUUGUAAAGAAAGAACCUGUCUCGCCUAUAGCGAUAAAGAAGGAACCACAAUCGCCUCUAGUAAUAAAAAAGGAACUUGUCUCACCUGUAGUUGUAGUUGCAAAGAAGGAACCUGUCCCGCCCGUGAUCGUAAAGAAAGAACUCCCAUCCCCGAUCCCGAAUAAGUCGACGCCGAAGCCUGUAAAUACUAAAAAUGUCACAACGAGCACCUCAAAACCCCAAUCCGUGGAUCCCCCUUCUCUCAAACCCGACGAAUACAUACAGAAACUACCUAAAGCACCCGAAAAGCCGCUGCAACCUUCCAAGAAACCUCUCGAAACACCUCAAAAGGUCUCUGAUAGCCGACAAAAGCCUUCCGUGUGCUCUGAAUCUACUACCUCUAAUACACCGAACAAGCAAAUCCUGGACUAUCUACCUCAAGAACUGAUAGAGCGUAUUAAAGAAUCAGGAAAGAGGAAACCCAUAUCUGUGAUACCCCCCAUACCGACUAAGAAGCGCGGCUGUCCUCGGAUGCAAGAAGCCUGUGCUCAAUUGUCGAGAAACAAGAUGAUUAAGCUGGUGGGAGAUGUGCACUUGGACCACAAUUAUUGUAGUAUGAAUAUGGUCGAGAGUUACCCGAAGAAUCCAAAGAAAGACUCCGGAUUUGAGUCGGCGGAGGAAGAGGAACGAACCGUUAUAGGGAAUCAGCCUACUGUCAAAACGGCCGAUGGGAAAUUGAUGGUUUCGUUACUUAAGGUAAACACGAUCCACGCCAACAAAACGGCCCAAAAGAAGAAACUGAAUUUCGAAGAAUACAAGCGCCGACGUGAAGGCUUCGGAAAGUCACAAAACAACUCACAGAGCUGCUCUCCAGUUACUAGCACUUGCAGCUCACCUCUACCCGAAGACGAAAACACGAGGUUAUUAAAGCACCAAGAGAAACUGAAGAAAAUGGCGAAGGAGGUUCUGAAUACGCCUCCCAAAGGCGAGAAGAAGCCAGAACACGCAUUGGUGGUGGCACCCCCAACACCUCUGGUGGUACCGCCAGACAUGGUGAUGAAGACAUUGGUGAGCAUAGGAGUAAACACCGACUUUAAGGUUCGUCGGAAAAACUUGGAUCCUCUGGCACCGGUCGAGAGAUUAGACGAAAUCAAGCCGUUGUUGCAAAAAGCCAGUGAUAUGAUCAACGGCAACUCACUUAUCACUUCCGUCAUAGAAAAUAUUCCCAAAGUGAUCGACAGUUGCGAUCCCAAACACAUCGCACCUGAGAACAAGGACAGACUAGAACACGGCGAAGACAAAACAAUUGUAUAUUUACCCAAAAAUAGAGUGUGCCAAGAAACUCAAUCUGUCGAAUGCCAGACCAAUAUUUCCCUUAUACAACAAACGAAAGCCAGCAGAUACAGGAGAAGGAGAGUCAGCUCCAGUUCUUCUGAAUCGUCAGAUUCUUCUCAGGGCAGCAGACGAAGUAGAUCUCCAGCUCGUCGUCAAAAGAGAAAUAGAAGUUCCGGAACAUCGCGAUGCAGCUCAAGCUCAAAAAGUUCAAGAAGCUCAAAUUCUAACAGUUCUACAUGUUCUACAUAUUCGUCAAGUAGGUCAUCGUCUAGGUCUAGAUCCAGAUCCAGGUCGUCUUCGCCUAGAUAUUCUCGCAGGGAAAAAGAGAGAUUGAAAGAGAUAGAGGAACGCAGGGUUAUAUACGUAGGCAGAGUCGCCAAGGGUUCUACGAAAGAAGAUCUCAAAAUGAGGUUUCAGCGGUUCGGUCCUAUCACUAACAUCAGUUUGCAUUCGAGAGACCACAGCUAUUUUGAUAACUACGGGUUUGUGACCUUCGCCAACAAAUUAGACGCCUACGAAGCUAUAGAACACGGAAACGAUGAUCCCUGGCAACCAAAAUAUGAUUUAAGUUUCGGAGGACGAAGGAUAUUUUGCCAGACCACCUAUUCUGAUCUAGAUAAUAUGAGAGACGAAAGCGGAUACUUCAUCCAGCGUGGGGGCCCCACCGAUGAUUCUUUCGAUCAAUUAUUAAGGGACGUUCAAGACAGAAUACGCAAACGCAAAGCUUGACAAUUAUUUGCCCUCGCUAAUUCGAUCUUAGGCCAAAUUUUGCAUUUUAGUUUUCAGUUAUCUACCGCAAGGAGAAUUCUGUUACUUUAUAUUAUUUGAUUAUUUUCAUACGUAAUCUAUUUACUGCUGUAAAUUAAAUUAUUACGUGAAAUACUGUUCAUACAACCAGUCAUGACAAUUUAUAGGAUAAACAUUUGGAAUAUAUUUGAUUUCUUUGUUGUUGAAGACGGUAAUACGAUUUACUUUCUUUUUAUUACCCUUUAUUAUGUUUUCCCUACAUUGGGCUGUGUAUUUUGUAUUCGAGAUAUUUUUGUUAUAGCUGAAUAAAAAAAGUUUUAACUUGAA